AUGCCGUACAUAAAUUGUGAUUUGUUAUUAGCAAAAUGUUCAGAGCUGACCGAAGAGAUCCCCAUUGCCCUGAUCGCCGUUUCCCUGGAAGUCGAUAGAAUUUGCAGAAGAAAACUUCGAGGAAUACAAGUAAACAAGCAAUCCCAAUGGUCAUCCGGACUUUUUGACUGCUGUCAUGAACCUGGAAGCUGUCUUGCUGCAUGUUUUUGCUUUACUUGCUACCCGUGCUAUCUGUCAAAUAGGCUUGGUGAAUCAUGUUUUACGCCCUGCUGUGUGCCUGGCAGCAUGGUAACGUUGAGGGCUAUGAAGAGAGUCGAACACAACAUUCCUGGAAGCGUGUUGUGUGACUGCUGCACUAUGCUUUGCUGUCCAAUUUGUGCUCUAACUCAAUUGAAACGUCAUCAUGACGCCAGGAGCAUCACGCUCAUGUAAAGAAUUAGGUCCAUGGUUUUUCAUUAAAAUCAAUAUAAAAUUACGUUAAUUAGUUACUCAUGAGACCAUGAGUUUUCUCUUUAUAAGUAAUUGUAUUACUCUUUUACUGUUCGCAAUUUUUAAACGGGCCUUUGUUUAACCAUUUAUUUAUUUCGAAAUACAAUACUAUUUAAAUAACUAUUUGAAUAAAAAACAAAAACAAAUUGAAGUAAUGAAAAUUACAUACUUUAACCUGGUGUCCAUGCACAAAUUCCGAUUGUUGUUAUAGAUGUAUUGAGUUUAAGUUUCUUAUUUAAUCAAUGUUCCUGUAACGUAUUGUUGUUAAACUUUCAUUUUUGCAUGAAGCAAAAUAACGUUGGUAUUUACCUGGACGUUUCGAUCACAAACGAUGAACUUUUACAACGAAGGAGCAAUCUUUGCGAUAGACAUCGGCGCAUUACGUCAUCGGACUGAUGACGCCAUGACCAGACUGCAGUAACAACACAGUCAGUUAAAAAGAUCGUCGAUAAAUGAAAUUUUAACAAUUUUUUAUUUAGUAAACAAGGUCAUAACAUUUUACAAAAACAAACACACAAAUUAAUAAUAAUUAACUUAAUUUCAUUAACUAAUAGUUGUAAGUGUCUUUUUACACUUGUAUUUUGUUUUUAAUUUUUGUAAUUCAUUCUUAAUG